AUGUCCAGACGGAACAUCAGCUCGGGCUCAGCUUUUGAGGCACAAAUCGGCUACUCCCGCGCCGUGGUCUCGGGCGAUUUCAUCUUUGUAUCCGGAACAACUGGUUACAACUACAAGACGGGCGUCAUAUCCCCCAACAUCGUCGAGCAGACGGAGCAGACGAUGGAGAACAUCGCCGCCGCUCUCGCCGACGCCGGGGCACAGGUCAAGGACGUCGUCCGCGUGCGCUAUAUCCUCCCUGACCGCAACGACUUCCAAAAGACGUGGCCCGUGCUCCAGAAGUGGUUCGGCGAUGUGAGGCCCGCGGCUACCAUGAUCCAGGCCGCGUUGAUGGAGGACGCGAUGAAAAUUGAGAUUGAGGUCACGGCUAAGAAGGAGAUCACAGCUUGA